AUGGCUAAGGAUGCGGUGCCACUUGCAGUGCCAGUUGCAGAACAACCCGCACACGUGGAUACCGCCGUGAAUAGCCCAGUGGUGGCUGAUUCAAAUGAUGAUGGAACAUUCGCCCAGGAACUAGAAAUAGAGCAAAUGAGGAGUACAUUGGAAGAGAUGAUUAUGGAAACGCGCAGUACGCCUCUCGAAAAUCGACCGCGACUUCCCAGCAUACCCCUAAGCAAGCGGAAUCGGGCUGUCGUGAGGGCUCUGAACCCAACGUUGGUGACCUAUUUGGAAGCCAGGACCUUUGCGAUACGGACUCGAUUCUUCUUGGCGCCGCGCUGGCAGUCUGCCGUAUUAUAG